CUUGCUCUUCUUUUCAAUCAUUCUUUUAUCAUCUACUCUUCACCUUCUAUCCUGUCACUCCUCCGGCACAACACCCUCACCGCCCAAAGCCUUCGCAUCCACGCCCGACUUGUAAUCAAGCCAGACGACCGUCGACCCAAAAUGUCUCAAGCCCCCUUUACAGCCCGCCGCUCGCUCCGCGAAUACAAUGUAAUCGCAGUGUACCUCCAAUGGGUGCGCCAGGCACGCUAUUUGCGCGACGAUGCAGGACCUAGCCUUUCGUCAUCUGUCGCCGCGUCAGAUUCCGAUACACAGCAGCUCCCACGCCCCUAUACGUCGCCAAUCACGCGCGCUGGUGGGUUGAUGUCAGAUGUCGCACAUGAUGUGCUAGGGUGCGGUGCCGGGUUUGACGAGGCGGAGGCGGGAGGGCGCAUGGUGGGGUAUGCAGGCGAGCUCGAGAUCCUAGCCUAAGAUGAAGAGGGCACAAGGGGCGAAAUGUAAUACGGCAAGGGCGAAAAACCGGAGUAUUGGGAUUCUAUGUUGAUUUGAACUUGGGGGUUAGGUGGCACGGUGCCAAAAUUAGGCGUAGUUACCGGGACUGGUUUUGUAACAUAGGGACGUGGGAACAUGUGACCCGAUACCAACUGCGUCAUGGGAUACAGAUUCUUUUGUAUCAACUUUUGCAACGUAGUCUUGUCGUUGGCUCUCUUGGAUCUCGCGAAAAAAAAUUAUAGAUAGUUCGGUAUGUAGUACAAUAUACCUUGGUUGGCGGGAGCUGGACUUCCUACCAACUU